AUGAUGGAGAGAAUAAAAAACAUGAUAAAGUGAAUUAUAAAAAAAUUUAAUAUAGUUUUGCUCAAACAAAUUUUUAUCCAACUCCUUCAUAAUUAUCAUAAAAUUACAAGAGAAACACUUCUAAAAUCUAACUUCCAUAAAAUGGAUCAGAAAUGGAAAAAUAAUUGAAAUUUAUUGCAGAUGGAUCAGUUUUUGGGGAAAUCUAAUCAAUUUUACGAUAGGCAAGAGCACCUGCUUAUGUUAUACCUCCUCCUCCUCCAAAACAAGAAGAAUAAGCUGGCUGCUUAGAUCUUUUUACGAUUACCAUAUAAUUAUCUAGAUUAAAAUGUUAAUACAAAAAAUGA